AUGGAGAAUCGAAAUCUGGACGUCACCCUUCAGUACGCCAGGGAUCUGAGCAACGUCAACCUCAUCUCCAAGAUGGAAGUCUACGCCGUCGUUUCCAUCUCAGGCGGGGACAAAUCCGCCAAGCAGCAGACCAAGUCGCCGCCGGACCGCCGCGGCGGAUCCAACCCCACCUGGAAUUUCCCGAUGAAGUUCGCCCUCGACGAGGCGGCGCUGCAGGCCAACCGCCUCUCCCUCGAUUUCAAGCUCGUCUGCGAACGUGCCCUCGGGGACAAGGACGUCGGCGAGGUCCACGUGCCAAUCAAGGAGCUUCUCGAUUCGCCGGCGAGGGCUGACGGCAAGCAAUUCGUCAGCUAUCAGGUCAGGAAACCCAGCGGGAGGCCCAAGGGACAGCUCACCUUUUCCUACCAAUUCGGCGGGAAAACCGCGGGCCCGCCGCCGUAUGGAUCGGCGUACCCGGGGAAGGUUGACUCGGAGCCGGUCAUGGCGUAUCCGGCUGGAUCUAGCUCCGUCUACCCUCCCUACCCUGCGGUUGAGGGGAAGGAACAAUACCCGCCGCCUCCGGUUGGAUAUGGUUAUCCGCCCCCACCGCCGCCGUCAGGAUACGGCUACCCGCCCCCACCACCGCCGCCGGGGUAUGGAUAUCAACCGCCGCCGCCGCCUGUGCAGCAGCCGGCGAGGAAGAAGAAGAAUAACUUUGGGCUGGGGUUGGGAGCGGGGCUGCUGGGAGGUUUGUUGGUCGGAGAUAUGAUUUCCGAUGCCUCUGAUUUUGACUGUGGAGGAUUUGAUUUUUGA